GUCCCAACGUAAAAUGACGUUGACAGUUUGAUAUUAUACAUUAAACAUUCCGAAUUGUUUUGAUUUAUAAAAUUUUAAACCCUUAGCCGACAAAUACAGAAUGGAUUUUUUCAAAUCUAUACCAACUCAUAUUGAUUAUGUUGGGCAAGCAAAGGCUGAAAAACUUUACCGAGCUAUAAUAACAUUAUUUAGCAUUGUAGGAUUCAUUUGGGGUUACAUAGUUCAGCAAUUCUCACAGUCGGUGUAUAUUCUCGGAGCUGGAUUUAUUUUAGCCGCAAUUCUGACUGUGCCACCGUGGCCUAUGUACCGGAGAAACCCUUUGAACUGGCAGAAUCCGAGGAGUACCGAAGAAAAACCAACUGGAAAAAAAGGAAAGAAGUAAUACGUGUCCGGGUGUGAUCGUCGCUAUGUGUUAAUAAAAUAUAAAAUAAUAAAGAAUUAAGCUUA